AUGCUUUUUUCAACACUAUCAGCCCUCGUCCUCGCGGCGACGGCAUCCGCUCACAUCGUCAUCUCCUACCCGGGAUGGCGCGGCAACAACCUCAUCACAAACGACUCGUUCCCGUACGGCAUGCAAUGGACAUACCCAUGCGGCGGCAUGGGCGUAACCCAGAACAGAACCUACUGGCCCACGACCGGCGGCGCGCUCGCCUGGCAGCCGGGCUGGUUCCAAGGCCACGCCACGGCCUUCAUGUACGUCAACAUGGGCUUCGGCUCCGACGGCCCCGACGGCGGUCCCUUCAACAUGUCCUUCCCCAUGGUCCCCGUCUUCCAGAUCCUCGGCCCCAGCAAGAACCCGUACCCGGGCACCGUCUGCCUCCCGCAGGUCCCUCUGCCCGCCAACACGACCGUCAAGGCCGGCGACCACGCCACGAUUCAGAUUGUCGAGUUGGCCGUACACGGCGCCUCGCUCUUCUCCUGCGUCGACAUCGAAUUCGCAGAACCCGGCGACCCCAAGAUCGGCAACGUCAACGAGUCCAACUGCUUCAACUCCCAAGACAUCGGCUUCGCCGACGUCUACACCAUCACCACCCGCGAGUCCGGCCAGAGCCCCGAGCAGGCCGCCGCCGCCACCUCCGACUCAUCCUCCUCCCACACCGUCACCUUCUGGUACUUCGGCAAGCGCCCGCAGAGCACCUGGGCCGUCUUCAGCUGGGUGCCCAUUGUUAUCGGGGGGCUGUGGGUGUUCUUGUGA